AUGAUGAAGCUCAAAGUGUACGCAGAUCGGAUGUCACAGCCGUCUCGUGCUGUCAUCAUAUUCUGCAAGGUUAACGGAAUCCAGUUCGUUGAGAUUUUGAUUUCCCUGGCGAAACGUCAGCAAUUAUCCCCUGAAUUCAAAGAUAUUAACCCAUUGGGGAAAGUUCCAGCUAUUGUUGAUGGCAGGCUUAAGCUCUUCGAGAGUCACGCCAUUCUAAUUUAUCUUGCUUCAGCAUUCCCAAGUGUAGCUCAUCAUUGGUACCCGAGUGAUCUUUCUACAAGAGUCAAGAUUCACUCAGUCUUGGACUGGCAUCACACCAAUUUACGCCCUGGUGCAGCUGGAUAUGUUCUGAAUAGUGUUUUAGCUCCAUCUCUCGGACUUCCUCUAGAUUCGCUAGCAGCUGCUAAAGCUGAGAAGCUACUAGCAAAGUCUCUGUCCACUCUAGAGACUUUUUGGCUUAAGGGCAAUGCUAAGUUCUUGCUUGGAAGCAACCAACCAUCUAUAGCUGAUCUUAGCCUCGUUUGCGAGCUCAUGCAGCUGCAGGUUUUGGAUGAGAAAGAUCGUGUUAGACUUCUCAGUCCUCAUAAGAGAGUUGAAGAAUGGAUUGAGAAUACGAGAAAGGCGACAAUGCUUCACUUUGAUGAGGCCCAUGAGAUCCUUUUCAAAGCCAAAGAAAGAUUUCAGAAGCAGCGGGAAAUGGGAACCAUAUCUAAACCGGGUUUUCAAUCUAAAAUGUAA